GGAAAAGUUUUACUCAUGAUAAUAUUACGAAGAGAGAGAGAGAAGACGAGUAAAGAAGAAAUCCUUUUGAUCGGAGAUUAUCCUUUUGUUUGAGCUUUUGCAAUUUGACGGACUCGGGAUCUGAUUUAUCUCCGGGUCGUCUCGGUUUGUCGGUAGCUACAAGGUGAAAGAGUGUUCCUACAAGGUUUUUAAUGGAAGACGAUGACUCUGCUUCUUCUCGAGAUUUGGAUGCACAGAACCCUUAUGAUCGAUUGCUUGCUCUAGAUACAAGUCCCGUAGAUUCAAAUUGUAACUUGGAUUCAGUUUCUGCCAUUUAUCUAGCAAUGAAGAGUUCAAAGCUGGAGUGUGUCGAUGAGGGUGGCCAAGAUUCCCUUAUAACCUCGGUAUGCAUGGAGGAUGAAGAGGAUGAAGAACUCGAUGAGUUUGAUCCUUAUCUGUUUAUCAAGAACCUGCCGAACUUGUCAUCUGUUGUCCCAACUUUCAGGCCCGUCUUGCUUCCUAAACAGACCCGAAGCUGCCCUCCUAUUUCUCUAGUCCUAGACCUCGAUGAGACUCUUGUGCACUCUACUCUAGAACCGUGUGAUGAGGUGGAUUUCACAUUCCCUGUACAUUUUAACGAAGAAGAGCAUAUGGUGUAUGUGCGGUGCCGUCCUCACCUCAAAGAGUUUAUGGAGAGAGUGUCCCGUCUUUUUGAGAUCAUUAUAUUUACAGCUAGCCAAAGUAUCUAUGCUGAGCAACUUCUGAAUGUGCUUGACCCUAAGAGGAAACUCUUUCGCCAUAGAGUGUACCGUGACUCUUGUGUAUUCUUUGACGGUAACUACCUAAAGGACUUGUCGGUCCUUGGGCGUGAUUUAUCUCGUGUUAUCAUCGUCGAUAACUCUCCACAGGCAUUUGGGUUCCAAGUGGAGAAUGGGGUGCCAAUAGAGAGCUGGUUUAACGACCCGUCUGAUAAAGAACUCCUUGACUUGCUCCCAUUCCUUGAAAGCUUAAUCGGAGCUGAAGAUGUAAGGCCAAUGAUUGCAAAGAAAUUCAAUCUGAAGGAAAAGGUUGAUGCAGCUGUAGCUGCACCUGAGUAUCCUGCUGAAGCAGAAAAUCCUUUCGAAAGGUAAAAAAGUCUUUGGCCAAAAAAAAAGUUGUAAGCUUUCAAGGCAGAAUCUGGCAUUAUAGGAGGAGCUGCAUACCGGUUACAAAUUCAUGUUCGUUGACAAGAAGGUCAAGACUUAGCUCUUUAGUGGGAAGAUGCUUUGGAAAGCUUAAUGGAAGUUUUUCUUCCUAUUGAGUUGUCAAACGGAUCACAAAAGUUGGAGAUAUAUAUCUAUAUUUUUAUAUAUCGAAUGUUGUUUUCUUGUUUAGUUUAAAGAACUUGGUGGUAUACAGAGAAGACUGUAAACAGUUUAACUGUAGAAUAAUUGUAAUUGUCUCCUCUCUUUCUUCUU